AUGGCGGUACCGGACGACAAUGCCGAGGAGGUUGAACUGCUGCUUUCGAUAUCCCCCGAAGUGGUUUGCAGGGACCCUACGCACUCGUCGACUCUUGUCUUCUUGCUGCCAUUUCGCUUUGUUCUCCACGUCACCCUGCCGCCACGCGGAUACCCGGAUGUGUCACGUCCUUCACUCUUCGUGGCGGCGGGUCCAAACGCACAUCUUGUCAAUCAGUUUUCGUCCCAGCUGAAUAAAGCUCUUCGCGAGGAAGUGCCGCUCGGUGGACCGAUGCUGCUGCAUAUUUUUACGCUUGCGCAGGACAUCGCAACCGAACUGCAGCGAACACGUGAGGCGGAGGCUCAGGAAGCAAAGGCACGGCGGGAGGCGAUGGAAUCGGAGGCACAGUUAGCCCUUGCAGAGCGAGAGGCCUCAUCGGUGGAGGUAUGGGCCAGCGAUGCCAUUACGGAUCGCAAGUCGAAGUUUGUUGCGCACAUGGCGCGUGUAGACUCAGAGGCGGCUGUGCGAGAAGUGGUGAUGCAUCUUCGUUCUCAGAAACACAUUGCGGAGGCGGCGCAUCCCACCAUCUAUGCCUACCGCUUCACCGACAGUUCCGGCGUGGUGCAUCACGACAGCGAUGACGAUGGCGAGACGGGGGCGGCGUCAAGGAUCAUGUUUCUUUUGGAGCAGAUGAAGGUGGACGGCUAUGUUGUGGUCGUGACGCGUUGGUUUGGCGGCGUUCUGCUUGGUCCGGAUCGUUUUAAGCACAUCAUGGAGGUGGCGCGGAGUAUUUUAUUGACAAUCCCACAGCGGGAGAAGGAGAGGGGCGUCCGCGACUGGCAAGACAGGCAGUGA